AUGAGCGAUCCCAGUAAUGGCCAGGGCACGAGCUCGUCUUCGGACGAAGAUGAUCUUCUAUUUGCUGCUGGUGCUGCGCUAUUAUUUGGAUCACAUGCAGAACCAUACGGAGGCCCAAUCCAAAAGGUGCCUUGUAGGACGUCUGCAUUAUCAGGACGUGACUGGGUUGAAGAAGUGAUGUCAGGCCACCAUACACGAAUUAUGGACGCAACAAGGUUAAAUGUUGAUUCUUUCAUGCAGUUGUGCUCGCUCUUGGCUGAAUGUGGAUUUGUUCCCCAACAUCAUCAGAAACGAGUUAUAAUAGAGGAGGCACUUGCGAUGACAUUGGUCAUGAUGAGCCACAAUAUGAGAAUGCAUAUAAUUGCUGACCGAUUUAACCAUUCCACGGAGACGGUGCAUCGUAAUAUUCAUGAAGUCAUCCGGGGCCUAUGCACAUUCGCGCAAUUCAUCAUUACUCCCAGAAACCAAGAUGCAAUUCAUCCGAAAAUUCUUAGCGACACGAGAUUUUAUCCUUGGUUUGAAGACUGCGUUAGGGCUAUUGAUGGGACUCAUAUACCUGCUUGUGUCCCAAGACGACAACAAGUGGCAUACACAAAUAAGCAUGGUGUACAAUCGCAAAAUGUUCUAGCUGUAUGCAACCAUGAUAUGCGAUUUAUAUAUGUGUAUGCCGGAUGGGAGGGAAGUGCACAUGAUGCCCGAGUCUUGGAUGGGGCUUUGACCGGCCCAAAUCACUUUCCUGUGCCACCUACAGGAAAAUAUUAUUUAGUUGACUCCGCGUAUCGAAACUUGCCCGAUUUCUUACCACCAUAUAGGGGACGCCAAGCGGAUGUUAGUGGUCGCAAGAGGGGGAGAUUUGCAACUGCGAAAGAACUUUUUAAUUACCGACACUCUGCACUACGGAAUGUCAUAGAGCGAAGUUUCGGUGUCCUUAAAAGGAGAUUUGCCAUUUUACGGGGAGCUGUUCCAAACUACAUGAUGACAACACAGAUAAAUGUAGUUAUUGCCUGUUGUGCCGUGCAUAACUUCAUUAGGGAUCAACAACCGAAUGAUAUGUACUUUGCUAACCCAGACGAGGGAGAUCCAACAAGUCAUGGUGCAAUUCCUCCAUAUCCCGAGAUACAGUCAUUGCAUUCUCCUCCUGAAGUUGUUGAACAAUGGACUGCCAUGAGAGAUACAAUGGCGACACAUAUGUUCAAUACCUAUAGAAAUACGUGA